UUCACGCGCAUUCUCAGUGCGAUGGGAGUCCUGUAAGGAUGGACCCACGGCAAAUCCUGCGACUCUUGAUCGUUUUAUCGGGAUUAAACGGAGUGUGUGAUGCUCUGUUGUGUAACUGCAGUGCACCACACUGCGAGAGGGAUGGCUUUAAGUGCGAGACGAACGGCGCGUGUGUGGCCUCCACCUCCGUCAUUGAAGGACAGGAGCAGCAUGUGCGUCUCUGCAUCCACAAGGAGAAGCUGGUUCCUCCAGGCCAGCCGUUCUACUGCCUCAGCGCUGAGGGUCUGAUGAACACACACUGCUGCUACACCGACUACUGCAACAGCAUCGACCUCAGGCUGCCGAUCGUGACAAAUGGGCCUGGUGCAGGGCAGGACUGGGGGCCGGUGGAGCUGACGGCGGUGGUGGCGGGACCCGUGUUUGUGCUGUGUGUGCUGGUUCUACUGGGACUCUUCCUCUUCCAGCACCACCAGCGGGCCUACGGGCACCGGCAGAGGCUGGAGGUGGAGGAUCCCAGCACUGAACACAUGUUCCUGGCCAAGGACAAGACCCUGCAGGACCUCAUCUAUGACCUCUCCACCUCAGGAUCAGGCUCAGGUCUGCCGCUGUUUGUGCAGAGGACCGUGGCUCGUACCAUCGUCCUGCAGGAGAUCAUCGGUAAAGGCCGCUUUGGUGAGGUGUGGAGAGGGAAGUGGAGAGGAGGAGACGUCGCAGUCAAGAUCUUCUCCUCUCGGGAAGAACGAUCCUGGUUUCGAGAAGCUGAAAUCUACCAGACCAUCAUGCUGCGCCACGAGAACAUUCUGGGCUUCAUUGCUGCAGACAACAAAGAUAACGGCACAUGGACUCAGCUGUGGUUGGUGUCAGACUAUCAUGAGAACGGGUCUCUGUUUGACUAUCUGAACCGAUAUUCAGUCACCAUCGAGGGCAUGAUCAAACUGGCUCUGUCAGCUGCCAGCGGCCUUGCACAUCUGCACAUGGAGAUACUGGGCACGCAGGGUAAGCCUGGCAUUGCUCACCGUGACCUGAAAUCCAAGAACAUACUGGUGAAGAAAAACUGCACGUGUGCCAUCGCUGACCUGGGCCUGGCAGUACGGCACGAGUCCAUCACUGACACCAUCGAUAUCGCUCCAAACCAGCGCGUCGGCACCAAGAGAUACAUGGCUCCGGAGGUUCUGGAGGAGAGCAUUAACAUGAGACACUUUGACUCUUUUAAAUGCGCUGAUAUCUACGCUCUGGGUCUGGUGUACUGGGAAAUCGCCCGCCGAUGCAAUGCUGGAGGUAUUCAUGAAGAAUAUCAGCUGCCCUACUAUGACCUGGUGCCGUCAGAUCCGUCCAUAGAGGAGAUGAGGAAAGUGGUGUGUGACCAGAGAUUACGACCCAACAUCCCCAACUGGUGGCAGAGCUACGAGGCACUGCGUGUGAUGGGGAAGAUCAUGCGCGAGUGCUGGUACGCGAACGGCGCGGCGCGUCUGACGGCUCUGCGCAUCAAGAAAACCCUUUCACAGCUCAGCGUGGAUGAAGAUCUCAAAAUCUGAGCCAACCCAGGAAACAAGAAUGUGUUCAGACAGGCUACACUCCAAACUCUCCUGCCAGUUUAACAAGUAUUUCCGUCCAGCGAGUUGUGACGGGGCCUACCUCACCCCACCCCAAAACUACUGACCCCGCGCUACACCCUCUGUGACCCUUUUACUGUCUAAUAAUCCACGCUCUCGGACUGAAGAAACAACUGAUCACUACUAGCGCCCGUUUCUGUAUUCACACUAGACAAUUAUGUGCUCAAAUCAACUUCCCCAAAGGUUGUCUUUAAAAACCAGGAUUGCAUAUAUUUAACUCUUUUAAUUCAGUUUAGGAGACUUGCCUCGGUCAAGCUUAAAGGGGUUAGUUCACACAAAAAUGAACAUUUACUCACGGUUUACUCUCCUAUAAGUUUUUUCAACUGUUUCUACUGUUGAAGACAAAUUAAGAUGUUUCAAAGAAUGUUGGAAACCUGUAACCAUUGACUUCCUUAGGAGAAAAGAAAUACUCUGGAAGUCAAUGGUUGCAGAUUUCCAGCAUUCUUUGAAAUAUCUUCUUUAGUGUUCAACAGAGGAAGGAAACUCAUAAAGGUUUGAAAUGAGUAAAGUGAGUAAAUGACAGAAUUUAAAUUUCUAGGUGACGAUCUCCUUAAAGGGUUAGUUCACCCAAAAAUGAACAUUUACUCACGGUUUACUCUCCUAUAAGUUUUUUCAACUGUUUCUUCUGUUGAACACAAAUUAAGAUGUUUCGAAGAAUGUUGGAAACCUGUAACCAUUGACUUCCAUAUGUAAAAGAAAGACUAUGAAAGUCAAUGGUUAGAUUUUUUUCCAAACAAAGAUUUUUUCUGUUAAACAAAAGAAAGAAACUCAAAAAUGAUUGAAAUAAGUUUAAGUAAAUGAUGACAGAAUUAAAAUUUCUAGGUGUACUAUCUCUUUAAAGGGUUAGUUCACUCAAAAUGACCUUUUUACUCUGUUUACUCUUCCUAGAGUGGUUUCAAACAUUUUUGAUUUUCUUUCUUCUGUUGAACACAAAUGUAGAUGUUUUGAAGAAUGUUGGAAACCUGUAACCAAUAACUUGCAUUGUAGGAAAGUACAAUGGAAGUCAAUGGUUACAGGUUUUCAAUAUUUUUCAUGAUUUAUUUUUUAGUGUUCAACAGAAGAAAGAAACUCAUAAAUGAUUGAGACGAGUAAAGAGUGAGUAAUUGAUGACAGAAUUAACAUUUGUAGGUGAACUAUCUUUUUAACGGGUUAGUUUACCCAAAAAUGAACAUUUUACUCAUUAUUUACUCACCGCCAAGUGGUUUCAAAUGUUUCUGAGUUUUUCUUCUGUUGAACUCGAAUUAAGAGGUUUCGAAGAAUGUUGGAAACCUGUAACCAUUGACUUCCUUAGGAGAAAAGAAAUACUGUGGAUGUCAAUGGUUACAGAUUUCCAGCAUUCUUUGAAAUAUCUUCUUUAGUGUUAAACAGAGGAAGGAAACUCAUAAAGGUGUGAAAUGAGUAAAGUGAGUAAAUGAUGACAGAAUAAAAUUUCUAGGUGACGAUCUCCUUAAAGAGUUAGUUCAGCCAAAAAAUUGACUUUUACUCAUUAUUUACUCUCCCUCAAGUGGUUUCAAACCUUCCAGUUUCUUUCUUCUGAUAAACACAAAUUAAGAUAUUUCUAAGAAUGUUGGAAAUCUGUAACCAUCGACUUCCGUUUUAGGAAAAACAAAUACUGUGGAAGUCAAUGGUUACAGGUUUUCGGUAUUUUUAAAAAUACUGUUUAUGUGUUCAACAGUAGAAAGAAACCGUAGAAAGGUUUGAAACAAGUAAAGUCUGAGUAAACGAUGACCGAAUUUUCAUCUCUUUAAAGGGUUAGUUCACCUAAACUUUUGCAUGUCAUUUCAAACUCGUGAGACUUUAAUUUACCUUCAGAAUGAAAAAUAUGUACAAUAUAUUUUAGUUUAUAUGCCGGAGCUCACUCUUAUCCUCAAUAGUGAGCAGGGGUCCUAAAACAUUCAAGCCAAAUGUCAAGUGUCUUCAGUGGUUCAUCAAUAUAUUUAUGAAGCGAUUAUGCCAUCAACGCGCGCAAAACAAAGUAAAAUUUUUGAAUGACAAAACCUCUCCUAAAAAUACAACAUAAUCAUCUAAAAGGACAAUACAAUGGCCAAAAGUUAUACAAAAUAUCAUAAAAAAAAAUGACCAAAAGGAGAUAUUUAGAAGAAUGUGCAUGCUGUUCUUUUCCAGCCACAAAAAUAAAGAAAUAACUUGCAAAAAGGGCCAGAGAAGGCAACAAUUGGCAACAAAUCCUCUAGAAAUGCUGAAGAGAAGAUAUUGUUGAAUAACGUCAUGUUAUUUUUGCACACAAAAGUAUUCUAAAAGUGCCUCAUAAAUUACGGUUGAACCACUGAAGACACUUUUCAAGGAUGUUUUUGGCUCAAUUCUGGACUCAAACAGACCCUUGCUGUCUAUAGAGGAUAAGAGAGCUCCAGAAUACCAUCUAAACUAUCUUCAUUAGUAUUCAAACAUUAACGAAAGUCUUACGUGUUCAUAAUGACACGAGUCUGAGUAAUUAAUGACAGAAUAUUUGUCUGAACGAUCCCUUUAGUUCGAUCUGAAGUCCAGUUUGGAGGUGAGAACGGGCGCAUUUCCCUUCAUUAGCCAGUGUUUUCAUAAGCUGUUAGCAAAGCAACCUUAUUUGCACUUUAUUCCAGAGGUUGAGUGUGAUGUGGAUUAUAGCCAUCUUGAUUUUGGAUUCACUCACUGGCACACACACACACACACACACACAUUUAUUCUUACUACUGAACGGUACGGAGAAAUCUAUUUAUUUUAGCUUGUAGAUCCUUCAUAUUGUCCUUAUUUUUUUAUCGCCGUUAGAUUUCCUCCUCCUCCACGGGCGAAUAAAGCUACUGUACAUAGUCUAUUUUUUAAAAGUAUGGAAAUGUAAAUAGCAAACCCUUUUUUAAUUUCUGAAUCCUAAGCUAAAGUGUUGGCAUCUUGACCGUGUUUUUAACGUUGGUGAGGAAGAUGUGAAACGGGUCACUGAUAGCUAAAACCCAGGCAGAAGCGGUGGGUAAAGUACAGCCGUUUGUUUCUCAUAGCUUAACCUGUUUGUUGCUGUAGCAUUGAAUGACACUACCAUGAUGACACUGAUGAUAACGCACAUUUAAUUUGCUGAGGAGUUCGGAGACUGUUUUAUUAAGCUCUUGUUUAAGGAAUAAUUCAUGCAAACGUCACAGAUAAUCAUUUAUUUAAGCGUCAUUCCAAACCGUUUGGAGUUAUAUUUCAUGCAACUCAAAAAAAUGAGAGUGUGAAGAAUGUUGAUGCUGCUCUUUUCGUGUUUAAUAAAGUCCAGUAUCAAAAAAGAAAAAAAAAAUCACAACAAAUUUUUCUCGGGUAAAAAAAUAUACAGAAAACUUUUGAAAAAUCACAAAAAAAGUGGCAAAACUGAAAAGCAUAAAACACAAAAGGAGAAAUUGUGAAGAAUGUGCACACUGCUCUUUUCCAUAUCAUAAAAUCAAGCUGAAGAAAUGACAAAAAACCACCUAAAAAUGGCAUAAAACACAAAAGAAGAUCAUUUGAAGAAUGUGCACACUGCUCUUUCCCAUAUUAAAAUCAAGCUACACAAAUUGCCUAAAAACGGCAUAAAAUGCAAAAGGAGAUAUUUUAAAGUGUGCACUGUUUUCCAUCAAAAACAAAUGAUAUGAUUUAGCUCCAAAAAAUGCUGAAAAAUUGUAAAAAAAUCGUAUAAAACACAAAGGAGAUAUUGUGAAUGUGCACACUGCUCUUUUCUAUAUAAAAUCAUGCUACACAAAUUGCCUAUACAUGACAUGUCUUUACAAAUAAAACAUCAAGCUUAAAAAUUGCCUAAAAUGGCAUAAAAUGCUAAAGGAGAUAUUUUAAAGAAUGUGCACUAUGCAGUUUUUUAUCAAAAACAAAUGAAGCUCCAAAAAUGCAGAAAAUUUGUCAAAAAAUCGUAUAAAAGACAAAAGGAGAUAUUGUAACGAAUGGACACACUUCUCUUUUCCAUACAAAAAGUCAAGCUCUUAAAAUUACAAAAAAUGGCUAAAAUUCACAUAAAAACACAAAAGGAGAUGCUGUGAAGAAUGUGCACACUGCUCUUUUCCAUCAAAAACUAAUGAAGCUCCAAAAAUGCUGAUAAAUUGCGUAAAAGUCAUAAAAACACAAAAGAAGAUGCUGUGAAGAAUGUGCACCCUGCUCUUCUCCAUUUAAAAAAUUACACUACAAUAAAUGACACUCCGAAAAACACCUAAAAUUGCAUGAAACAUAAAAGCAGAUAUUUUGAAGAAUGUGCACACUGCUCUUUUUUCCCCCAAAAUAAAAACCAAAUCAAACUCCAAAAAGGAUUUUAAAAAUUGCCUAAAAAUAAAAGCACAAAGGGAUACUGAAUGUGCACACUGCUAUUUUUCCAUGAAAACAACAGUUAAACAAAUGACACAAAAAGAGAUAUUUAGAAAAAUGUGCACGCUGAUAUUAUAUAUAUAUAUAAGGAGAUACUGGGAAGAAUGUGUACACUGCUAUUUUUCCAUGAAAACAACCAAGCUAAACAAAUUAAAAAAAAACACCUAAAAUGGCUUAAAACACAAAAGAAGAUAUUUUGAAGAAUGUGCACACUGCUCUUUUUCAUAAAAAAAAUCAAGCUCCAAAAAUGACAAAAAAGCGACAAAAAAUGACAAAAGGAAAGACUGUGAAGAAUGUUCACACUGCUCUUUUCCACGAAAAACCACUAAGCAAAACAAAUGACCAAAAAACACCUUAAAACAGCAUCAAAACACUCCCGAUUCCAGCUGAAGAAUGUAAAUCAUAGCGGUUUGGAUGACAGCUUUGCAUGGACUGUUCCUCAAAUGCACAUUAAAAUCUCCAGGAAGUGAUCUCGUUCUGCUGAGACUUCGAGUGUGUAAUGAAAAGAAAGACUUGAACAUGUAAACUUGACUUGAAAAGCUGGAAGCGGCAGAUUUUCCCCCUAUAACACUGUAUUUAUGGAUACUAAAACUACUGGCCUUCUGCCCCGCUCCGCUUCUGUGUGGAAUAUGCAAGAUGUACAUAAAGUUUCUUUAUUUUUUAAUCCCGUUUGAUCGAGUAGACUAUUGUGUGGUCGUAGCUAGCUGUAUUUUAUUUCACCUGUCCUGUGGUUUGUUUGUUAAUGACUCCAUUUAAUUCAGGGUUUGUAUAGCGCUUUUAACAUUAGGAACUGAAGCAGCUGUACUGGGUUUCCUCUGUGGUAUCUUUGAUUUUAGUUGAUCUCCCGGUCUCUCAAAUGUUUGACAAUCCGAGUAAGUACUGUUAUCGUCUCUUACGUCCAUUUGCAGCAAUUCAGAGUCACCUUAAAUGCUUAUCCGAAGCCAAAUAAAGAGAUUUAAUGAGGUUUGAAGAUGGUUUUCGUGCUAUUUUAUAUUAUUUAAAUCUUAAAACGACAAACUAGCAAGGCAGAAUAUGUGAAAUGUGUCACAACAACACUGGAUCUGAUCGAGUCACAACACUGAGAAUGUACAAUCUGAGCUUUCCUCUUAUUUCUGUUGUUGAAUUCAGAGUUUGUACAUAUAUUUAUAGCUUCAUUAUUUGGACCCCAUUGAAUGACUCCUUUUUCUUCCACUUGGUGUAAUGGGAACGUCCAACGUCUGGGUGAAAUAUGACAAGUAAUCCGGUUUCUGUCCGUGCAAACGCUCCUUUUUUUACCUCACAGACUACCUGCAUAAUCCCAGUGUGUUUCCCAGAUCUGCAUUGGAGAGACUUUUCAGGAAUUUCUGUUUCCAAUCAUGUAUGUGGGUAAUUAUUAAAUGGUAAUAAACACCGAUUUUUUCCUA